AUGACUAAAGUGGCGUGGAUCCACAUCGACCGGCAGAUGAUCGUGACGAUCCACAAGCACGUGAUCGCGCGCGUGCCGCGCUUCAGCGUGUCGCACGACAACCAGAAGACGUGGCUGCUGCACGUGACGGGCGUGCAGCAGGAGGACCGCGGCUACUACAUGUGCCAGGUCAACACCAACCCCAUGAUCAGCCAGGUCGGCUACCUGCAGGUCGUAGUGCCGCCCAACAUCGUGGACGAGGAGUCGACCGAGUCGGCGGUGGCGGUGCGCGAGCACCAGAACGCGACGCUCACGUGCAAGGCGGACGGCUUCCCCGCGCCCAAGGUCAUGUGGCGGCGCGAGGACGGACAGCCCAUCGUGCUCUCCAGGCACCGCAAAGUGAACGUGCUGGACGGCGAGCAGCUGAGCCUGUCGCGCAUCUCGAGGACCGAGAUGGGGGCCUACCUCUGCAUCGCCACCAACGGCGUGCCGCCCUCUGUCAGCAAGAGGAUCACGGUCGACGUCGAGUGUGAGUAA